AUGACUUCUGCUUUGCCUGCCGAACUUCUCACAAUGAUUCUGAGCGAGCAUAUCAACGAUUGUUCAACUCUCCAUUCAUGUAUUCUUGUCAACAAAAGUUGGUUUAGCAUUGCUAUCCAGUACCUCUGGGCCGAUCCGUUUUCAUUGUUUUGUGACAAUAGUCAUAUGAUGGAGAUGUUCAAAUAUAUAGCGAGGGACGAAAAAGCAAAAAUUCUUUUGACAUCAUUCAUCGAAUGCUUUAUGAGCAUGGAAGAGUUUUUGAAAAAUCCCGCUUACUUAACAAAGAAACAUUGUAAACAUCCGGUAUUUGAUUAUAGUAAUUAUUUGAGAGAACUUGAUUCAUCUUCUAUCACAAGAGUUGUUGGAAAUUGUCUUUUUAUAUUAGAUAGUCACCAUAGACAAGAAAGAGAAAGGAUAUCUGGUAGAAUUUUUCUUUUGGCUACCCAAUAUUGUCAGCACUGGCAUACGUUUUCUUUUCGAGCAACACGGCCAUUAAUAAUGACUCGGCUGAGUAAACAACUUGCAAAAAAAGAUUUGUCACAGUUAAAGAAACUUACCUUGGAUACUCACAAACCAUCCAAAAUGGUCUUUGAUUCACUUGCAAAGGUAGCACAUAAUAUUAAAUCACUCUCAAUUGAUACCGGCAGAGGGUCUACUUAUACUUUUCAAACAGAACCGAAAGACAGUUUACAAAAUCUCAUUGAGUCACAAUGUAGAUUAAGAAACAUUACAAUUGGCUCUAUACAUUCGGAUAUGGUUUUAUUAUUACAGCUAUUGAAGAAAAAGGCCCACUCUCUCGAAUCGAUUACACUCGCAGAUGUCACGUUGGGACUGGACAAGGAUCAAAAACCCGAAUAUAUAGAGUUUCCCAAGUUAAAAAGCUUGGAUAUUAAGGUUUCCACAUCGUUUCCAACUAGGAUUAUGAAAAACUUGUUGAAACUUGGUUUACCUAAUUUGCGGAAACUUGCAUGGCGAAACUUGGACCUUCCAUGUGCGACCUUUAUUCACAAAUAUGGAGAGACACUUGUUUCUCUAGAAAUCUCGGGCGGCAUUGAUGAUACGGUUUGUGAGACCAUAUUACAGCAUUGCCCAAGGUUGACACAUUUGCGCACUACACUAACCAGCGGCGACAUAUCAGCAAUUGCUGUCCUGAUUGCAAGACUGCCUCAUCUGUAUUCUGUCAAACUCCAAUGUUCUCUUUGUUUUUAUAUGGACUUUCCCUUAGAUUGCUUGGCUAGAUAUAAGUUACUUCAAUUGCGCGAAUUAACUUUGCUGGGUGUAUAUGAAAUUGGCGCUACUUCAUUACAAAACUUUUUGUCUAAAUCAAAGCCACCCAUCGAAUUGUUAAUAAUUGACAACCAGCGUCCUAUCCAUGGCAAACAUUUUGAUGUCAUAUUAGAUCACCUUGGUAGUUCACUGAAAACUUUGAGGGUUAAUUACUAUUCGUUAUCUGCAGAGAAUGUUACAAAAUUAGAGCGGAUUGCAGACUUUGAUCGCUUUUCCCCGAACGAAAAAUUAGAAGAUGAAAUAGUCUAA